UAUCUGUAGCCUAAUUCCAAACCGGAAGUUCGACAUAUUUUUACCGUAGCCUCCAUUUUGAAGUGAAAACAGCGUGUUUGUUGUUUAUCUGCGUUAUUUACACGAAUUAAAUCGUUACGAUGGCUAUGCAAGCAGCAAAACGUGCUAAUAUCCGAUUACCUCCUGAGGUGAACAGAAUCCUGUAUAUAAGGAAUCUCCCCUAUAAGAUCACAGCUGAGGAGAUGUACGAUAUCUUUGGAAAAUACGGACCAAUACGACAGAUCCGAACAGGGAACACGCCUGAAACAAGAGGAACAGCUUAUGUUGUGUACGAAGACAUCUUCGAUGCCAAGAACGCCUGCGACCACCUUUCAGGCUUCAACGUCUGCAACCGUUACCUGGUGGUUCUUUACUACAACGCAAACCGAGCUUUCCAGAAGAUGGACACCAAGAAGAAAGAGGAGCAGCUGAAGCUUCUGAAAGAGAAAUAUGGAAUCAACACAGACCCUCCAAAGUAGAGUCACCUAAUCCGCCUUCGUUCACCUUCAGAGACGUUCUUUAUUAACUUUUCUGUCAAUUAUUGGCUUAUUAAGAUGACUCAUUUCCCCCUUUAAUCAUCUGGCCCAACAUGCAGGACUGUGGUGUUAGUCCAGUCCAGAACAGCAGCUUCAGGCUUUUAUUGUGACUUUGUCCUACCGACCCAUCAUUUAGACAAACUUUUUAUUUAAACAUACUGCUGUGUAAAGUUUAUCAUUCCUGUAAAAUAAAUGCUCCUUUUUCUAAAGCUC